CUGACUUUCUGUUGUACACGUUCAGUUCCUAGCAUAUUCGCUUUAGAAGUUUAACUGCGUAGGUGUUAAGUGUAUCGCUCAAAAUUGUCUGGGCUAUUGCAAAUGACCCGUAAAACGAAAUAUUUAAAGCGGGUGAGCGCGCACGCGAUGUUUUAAUCUGACUCCAUUGAUGUGCCGUAAAAUGUUCAGGAAUAACUAUCAGGGUGGACCUGUGUUUGAGCUCUUCAGUGGACAGGGAAAGGACCCUGUAGCCAAAUGGAAACUUUGUGGAGCCCCGUCGGCUAUAUAUAAAGAGUAUAAUAAAGAAGUUAAAGGAUUUGUUUACUGUCUGGAGGGAAGCAGCCAGACAGUCAAGAUGCAAAUGCCAGAGAAUGGAAAAAUGUCUCUUGGACUAAUACAAAGAUUUUUAGUCCUUCAAGUCAAUGUUCCCGAGCACCAUAAUUUUUCUACAGAGCUUGUGAUAACCGACUCCGAAAAUCUAAAGAGAAGACUUCAUUUAUCAACAGUGCAUAAAGAGUUGUCCAGCACACUUUUGCAUGCAAAGAUACCUUACACAGGACUGAAGCGUAAUACUUGGUCUACUUUAUGCAUCGACCUUGUGUCAUUGACUGGUGAACUGUUCAAAGGAUUUUUGACUCUGGACGGUAUCACAUUGUUUGCUACCUGUAAAGUCCGAAGGAUCUUCACUAUGACAACUGAGCCUGCAGUAAUGUUGGAAGAUGAUGUGUGUCUCAGUGGAGCUGGUCUUAAGGAUACAAUCCCUCGCAGUUUCCACUACCCACCUGACGUGAACCAAGUCACACAGGUGUUUAACAUCGAGAAUUUGGGAAAGCCAGAGAUGAAAAUGGGCUCUUUUAGAACUGAUUAUGCCUCUGAUCAGUCUACCACUGCCAGAUCAACCAGUUAUCGGAGAACCAGGCCUCAGGGUGUGUUAUACACAGCCUCGGGCUCCAGAGCUUCCGGACUGUCUCCCCAAACUGGAAGGAAAAGCAGUACAACUUCAGAAAGAAGGGAGAGAAGUGCUUGUGCUUCAAACACAAUGAAACAAAAGACACAGACUCAAGAAAUUUCUGGGCAAGGAGCAUCUUGUAAAUUACAGCCCCGCCCGCCCAAAGAAAGAUCAUUUGACAAGCAGGGGUGUAAAAAGCCACAGGUCCUUAGUCCUGGAAGAGAGACGCUGGCAUCAUCAGCUCCUCUAGAUGCUGAAUCAUCUGGCCAGAGGGAGAUGACUGUAAGCAGGGAGAAGAGUGCUCCCUCAUCCAGUCAGACAAAGUGCAGGCAACAGCCUUUGACCCCAACAGAAAAGUCAGAGCACCUACGAGAAGAUGAAUCUAGCUGCAGUCCUGCAAAGCAAAGCUCAAGAAUCACCUCCACACCGGCAGAGUCUCCCCUCUGCUCGAGCCGACCAAGUUUGUCUUCUGACCCACAAGUCUGGAACAGCUGGAAGAGUAAUGAGGGGUCUGAGCCUCAGCUCACUCUGCAAGAGGAGGUGUUCACUUUCUCAUCCCAACCUCACUCACCCAGACGAGGGCAAGGCCAGGGUGACCAGGGGAAGACGGAGAUGGGAGAUGAUCCGGUUCAGAGCAGAAGUGGGAGACGAUAUCAUGCCCAGCCUGAAGACGACUUCAUUGGUAGUGAAAGCGAUGAGGAUAAGGACUAUACUGUGUUCCAGCGCCAAGAAUCUAUCCUAUCCUGUCCUGCUCAUCUGAGAAAUGCUGAUGCAGACUGGCAUGCACGAUUUGAAGAUCAGCCUGAUUUUCCAAACAUGAACCAAACAUCACCAAGACAGCAUAGUCUUUCUAGUGCCGCCAUGCAAUCUCCAUCCACUGGGAAAGCUGAACCAACUGGGAUGGUCCCCACACGCUGCCUCUCACCUACCAGACAGGACCACAAGUCACAGAAAGUGAACUGGGUUCUGGGUGGAAACAGCAGCUUUUCACUUUGUCGUAAAUUCCUGCAAGAAGUCACAUUGAGGGACUCCAAACUGCACAAGGAAGAAGAUGAGACAUGUAAGACUGAUGAUUCCAGUCAUAAUGUCUUACAACUGCAUGGCAAUCUACGGAUGCAUGAAGAUGAUGAUGAGGAGUUCCAAAUGCUGGCAAGCCUGAAAAGACAGCAGGAGGAAGAUGAAUGUAGACCGCUGGCCCUCAGUGCAUCUCAAAUCCAUCAGUGUGAUGUCAGCGUCAGCAUGAGCAGUGACGACACCUCGACCUGGACCCACAGCUCCAUGCCAGUGAAUCAGGGGCAUCACUAUCAGAAGGAAAUGAACCCACUGCUGCAUUCAGACCCAAGAGAGUGGAUGGACGUGCUCAGCCCUCCUAUUAUGCCUCCCAGCCAGCAGAGAAGGUCAGGCAACACACAGAACAAUCUGGAAAGCCAAGGCAGAGGAGAAGAUGGGCGGUUGAAAGAAGAGGAUAAUGACGACGAGUUUUUGACUCUGCUCUACGAUCCAUGCCUGAACUGCUAUUUUGAUCCAAAGACAGGGAAGUACUAUGAACUAGCUUAAUUCAAAGCCCAUUAGAAUCAAAACUGAUAUAUCACAUUAACUGAAAAUGAAUUGCUUUAGGACUUUUUUUUGAGGCCAAGUUUAUUGAUCGGAAGGAAAUUCUCCAUUCACCAAAACCCUUUCUUUGUUGGUCCUUUUGUUCCUGGAAACUAAUGGCAGCUUUGUGUCACCAUGUUCAGUCACAGUGUGUAGGGGAUUGGGACUCCGUAAAUCAAAUUCCUGCUUUUUUCAAGUUCUUUAUUAUUCACUUGCACAUCUGAUGAUAAAAAGAGUCUUUUCAGGAGUCUUGGCUUGGAAACUGAUUUGAAAGCCAUCUGAAAGAACACCAGAGCGUUCUUCUUAAUAAGCAGAUUUCUGACAUUUCAGUUUCAGAUGGAUUAGUUUUAUGUGAUAGGUUAUUUUUAAUUAUAAUUUGUGCAAUAAAAAAGCCAUAAGAAUG